AUUGAUUAUAAGUUAAUAAAAAUAAUUACAAUGAAGUAUAGAUUUGCAUCAAAUAAAAAAUGUUUUGUUUCCAACAGUUUGUGUGCAAUUUUAUGACUUGUAUUAUAACAUCGAAGCAGGCACUGUAAAAGUUUGUAGCUUUGGUAUCAAAUUGUGAAGCCUAGAUUAUUUUGAAGAAAGAAAUGAUAAAAUUCAGCGAAAUGUUGGGAAUUUUUAUUGUUGUGAUGUUCUCACAAAUGGCCUGGUCUGAAGUCCCGAGGAUUGAAUUCGUAGCUGGAGGUAAAACGAUGAAAGAAGGCGAGAGACUUGAGAUGUUGUGUAAUUCUACGCAUAAUGCUUCCUAUUCUAUUCAUUGGAGCUUUAACAACACAGCGAGACACGAAACUGUGACAAGAGAACGUAUUGUUAUACCUGCAGUGAAUAUCACAGAUAGCGGUGACUAUUUUUGCGGAAGGUAUAACAAGACUGAUGGAAAAUUUCUUGCGAUGUCAGAAGUCGUCACCAUAAAUGUACAAUCCUUGCCUGAAGUCCCAAAGAUUGUAUUCAUAGCUGGCAGUGAAAAAAUGAAAGAAGGCGAGAGACUUGAGAUGAUGUGCAAUUCUACGCAUAAUACUUUCUAUUCCAUUCAUUGGAGCUUUAACAACACAGCGAGACACGAAACUCUGACAACGAAGCGUAUUGUUAUACCUGCAGUGAACAGAACAGAUAGUGGUGACUAUUUUUGUGGAAGGUUUAAGACUGAUGGGAAGUUUCUGGCGAAGUCAAAUGUGGUAAAUGUGAAAGUGCGGUACAUGGAUACACCAGUGCUGAAGAUUACACCAAGUACUGUGACAGAGGAAGGAAACCAAAUAACAAUGGUUUGUGACGUCGCGGACGCGAUGCCAGCUGUUACUCGAUAUAGUUUUGUCAAAUCAGCUGAAAGAUAUUUGACACAAAGCACAGAUUCGUCAACACAUGUUGUCACCUUAGCGACGGCGAAUGACACUGGUUAUUAUUACUGCUCAGCGCACAACAGCAUCAAAGAAAAACGCUCAAAAGAAGUCUUUCUCACCGUAACAGAAGUUUUGAGUGUCCCUGUGGUUGAAUUUUCUUCAAAUACACCUUUGAUUGGACAACAGCUGACCAUUAAGUGUGCUGUUAAUUUCUCUCAUGCUGACAAAUCAAGUAAUCCUGUGCAGUACACGUGGUAUAAAGAUAAAUCCAUGAUGAAAUUACGUCAUAGUCGGUUCACAAAAUCUAAGUUAGCGACAAGCGAUUUGGGUGAAUACGUAUGCACAGCUGGAAUAAAUCGUUCGCAUACCGUGUACACGAAAACAUCCAAACCAGCUCAGUUAAACGGAUCUAUCGAGGUAAAGGUUAACUCGAUAAGUCAAGAAGAGAGAACAGCCGCAAGACUAAAAUGCGAUACAACCACGGAUGUUUCGGACGAAUAUGUCGAACACAGUUGGAAAAAAGACGGUAAAGAUUUAGACGAGUAUAAAAAUAUUUCCAUCAUACCAUGGAAAGCUGAUUCAUUUUUAAGAAAUAUUGCAGGAAUAUAUGUUUGCGAAGUGAGAAUAUCUGGUAAAGUUAACGGGCGGAGUAAUAGAGCGAAAGUUAACGUCAAGUAUAAUGAUCGCCCUAAAUUAAUGAAUGUUGGAAAAUAUAGAGGAGACAGCUCAAGAAAUGUUGUACAUUGCAAUACAAGUAGCAACCCAACUCCGGAAAUAACUUUCUAUGAAAAUGGGCGUGUGGUUAAAAGAGGUAAAGAAAAUGAGUACGUAGUCCAGUUGUUGCAAACAGAGAAGAAAAAAUACUCAUGUGGUGCCAAAAAUGGAGUCAAUAACAACAAUGUGGAAAUGUCUAAUUCCAUUACUUUUCAAGCUCACACCGCAGAACGAGAGGAUUCAAACAACAAACCUACGAUCAUUGGUGCAUGCAUUGGUAUGCUUGUCCUCGCUUUUCUGAUUAUUCUCGUAGUUUACAAGAUUUACAAAACGAAAAAAACAAAGCCACAGACAAUGGAAGAACCAAUUUACGAAACCGCGGACCGAGUUGUUUUCCAACAAAUCCCUGAAUCACCGCCACAGAAUAUUUAUGUCUCUGCAAAAAAGGAAGUCCCUCAAGCAGUUUACAGGCGAAAUAGCCUCAAGGAUAGCUUGGAGGUGGAGCUGCCAAAACUCGGUGCGCAAAAAGACAUUGAUGCGAAAUCAGUCGGCAGCGAAUCACCCUACGGGUGGGUGAAGUUUGAAAGUGAUAACCCAUACGAUAAAGUGACAUUCGAGUCAGAGAAUUGAUUUAGCUAACCGUAAAAAUUAACAAAGUUGUUAUGACUAUGCAUAUUCACCAUAAUUUUUGACUGUUUUUUAUACAAAUUUUCUAUUAAAUAAUUUGACUUACAUUCUAGACUAAA